GCUGUUCAAGGUCAUUAACUCGGGCCGACUUGACAUCAUUGCGAUGCUUUGACUUCCUUAGACUCUUCCAAAAGUUUGUCAUGUUUAGGUUAUACAUAUUUAUCUUUCUUCCUUCCACUGGUGUCUCUUGAACGUCCUCAAUAACUAGUUUGGAGAAUUAAAGUCUGGGGUAUAGAGUUUUUUUGCCUCUGAUUUACCUUUCUUCGUCCCACUGUAGGCUAGUACUGGUGUCUCUUCAACGUCCUCAAUAACUAGAUUGGAGAAGUAGUCUGGGGUCGGUAGGCUAUAUAGUUUAUUUUCCUUUGAUCUGGACAAAUUGUUGUCUUUCAUCUCUUUAUGACGUCAUGCCGUUCUAUAGUCUGUUUCUGAACUAACGUUUUGCCUUUGAUCUUGACGAAUCACGUGUGACGUCAUUCUAUGCGCCAGCUGUGGCCGUUUGGAGACCGAAUGCGUCACCGCGGCUGCGACGAGGCUGUCCCAUGAAUACAGACAUAUUUAAAUGCUGAAAUAAAUAAAUAUAAUAGUAAAUAAAUGCUGAGAUGAAUAAAUGAAAGUUGAUACUGUAACAGACUGUCUCAUGUUUGUCGUUCUGGUGUUGACGAUGAUAUGUCCCUUGAGGGUUGCCGUAGCGAAGGCGCAACUCCCGCCUCUGGCCAAAGGAGAAAACAAUAAUAAAGAGAGUAGCCGUGGGCUGACACAAGAUAUCUGGUCUCCCGACUCCAGUUAUUACUGUAUGAUAAGUGCCCUUAUACACGAACCCAAGACGCUCGGUUACAAUACCUAAACGGGACGUAAGUAAAUAAAUACAUUUCUGUAUUCCUUCAUUUAUUUAUUUCUGUGUCCGUAUGUUAGUGAUGUAGGCGGUCCGAACCUCAUUCUUAAGCAGGAUUGAUCGAGUAGGGGAGCAAGACAGAAGCAACCGAUUCCUAGCAAAUCAUCCCUGUGGACGACGUCAAAAACUAGCUAGCAGCACUCAAGGCUUCGACCGGGCGGCCGCUGGCAGACCUGCGGGUUGUGGCUGACCAGCUUGAGAACUGUGAGUUUCUUCUGUUUAAACGUAUAAGCAGCAUAACAGCAGUUGUUUAGCUAAAUACUGUUGGUCAAAGUGCCAAUAUACUCUAUUAAACUGAACUAGGCAGCCAUGUGGCGUUCACUGCUUUAUUUUUUUGUGCAGCACCGAGGACCGCAAACGAGCUAAGUUCACCUCCGCGGCCGAAACAUAACGUAACACCCAGGCACCCAGUGGACGGUUGGUUUCUGCGGCCGCAACAUAACGUAACACCCAGUGGACGGUUGGUUUCUGCAGGGAACACUUUUCCAUGCUAAAUCCCUUGUGUAGACUAAAUCACUAUCGCGGUGAUGAGUGAUUCAUUUAUUCAUGCUGUGCGUCAGAUCACAUUCCUGUAAAGUGUGCGAUGAUAUCGUUAGCCAACAUGUUUCGUCUGCAACGUUCUUAUGUUCUUGUACUGAUUAUAGCUUAUCCUCUUCACUUGAUUCUAGCCGAGGUUGCAAGACUGUUUGGUCCAUACUUUGGAGGGAGAAGGACGACAAGGAGGCGAACUGUUGCUGCGCCCGCACAACUUCAUUCGUACACUCACUCUUUCUGUUGUAUUGAGGAUAAAAAUGCGGCCUUAGUCCCCAACCGACACGCCAGAGGUAGACUUGCUGCUGCAGGACUAGGGGAAAACGUCUUACAUUCCAAGGUAGUCAUACAGAUCCAGAUGACUUUAGAGAAUUUAUUUUAGAGGCAUAUCCAAAACUCAGACAAGGGGGAGGAUUUGAGUUGCUCAAAAUCUCUGGAACAACAUGGUCGCCAACUGAUCAUCAUACCAUGUCCCAAUGAGGGUUACCAUGUGAGACAUUUAAAAGAUCCACAAACACAGAUUGGUCAUGCUACAAUUUUCAUCCGACCACUCCAAAGAAAGCUGAAUCUGGAACGCUGCAUGUCAACCAGAAUGCAGUAAUGAGCUAGUUGGACCACCUCAGAAAUGUGACGUGUGGAGAGGAGUUCCCUUUUACAAGAAUCAAGGCUCCCAGUGAUGAAUGCGUGAGGUAUUGCUCUACAGAACUAAAACAUCACAUUUGUCAAGCACUCAAGUAGUCGUACAUCAGACAUUAAGCAUUAGGCUCUGGAGUCUGCCAAAAGAUAUAAAGCAUUUUGAAUGUGGAUGAUCCUGAAUAUAGGUCUUGAGGGAAAGUUUAAUUUGAAUGGAUUUAUUCUAUUCUAUUUAUAUGACCAUUCUUUUCUAGUUGGUGUUUUUGUGAAUGUAAUGUACUAUAAAAUAUACUGGCCCCAAUAACAAAACGUGCUUCUCUUUACCCAAGACCAUCACAGAACAGUGGUGAGGUAGAAACUGUGGUGACAACAGACAAGUGCCUCCCGAAGUGAAGGUAGAUUUGUGAGCAUGUUGACAAGGCUACAAGUGAGACAACAAGGGCCAGCAACACAAACUACUGCGUGCCACCUCUCAGGGACAUGUGGCUGCUCCUGAGAUAGUUGACCUAGAUCCCACUGAGGAGAGAGGCUUCCCAGAUUGGAAAAUUCUUUCAAAUCCCAGUGAGGCAGCAAAGAGAUUCAAAGAAGACAUUUUAAGCCGGCAUGCAACUGGAAAAUCAUUCUAUCUUACCAUGGAUCUUGGAGACAGUGCAGAGGACAGUCCUUUCUUUUUAUAAGAGGGCUAAUGUUGAGUAGGCUUGCCCCUUGACAUGCACACUCGAGGGAGAUCCAGCAAUUGGUGAUGGCGUGACUCGCUGUUUCUUUGCAAGCAUCAUGUCCAAACUUCAGUAUGGUUUCGAGAUGAAUUUUGUACCAGGAGGAAAUCUACUUUUUGAGGGGGAACAAGAUCAUCUGAUUCCCUCCACUUGGCAUUACCUUUUGGAGAGUGACUUCUUUGUUGUUGCUGGCCGAAUGAUUGGUCAUUCAUUCCUCCAUAGUGGGCCAUGCCUUGGAGGACUCGGCCCAGCUAUCCUGCAUGUGCUCUUUGUUGGAUCCCCAGAAGAAGCCAUAAUAGAUAUUAAGGACUGUGCUGACCUUGACAUCCCUGGAGGGUACAGCAGAUUUGUCAUCUGAAGAAAAUAACCUAAUUAAUGAGUUGGCACUGUUCUGGGAUUUGCCUGCAGUCACAUCUGACAACAGAAGAUGGCUGCUGGACAAACUGCUCCUCCAUGCUGUCCUUGGAAGAACCUCAAGACGAGUGAAACAGUUACGAAGGGGGUUAAAAGAGACACCGAUCUGGCCUUUGCUAACUGAGAGUAAAGACACAAUUCCCCUCCUCUUUACAAGAGCAUCUGAUGUACAGUGCACACCACAGUGUCUCCCAGGGACUCUCAGCCUGCUUUCCCUCUGCUGCCUCCUUUUGUGCGGACCAUCUUUUGCACUCUCAACAACCAAGAACCAUGGCCCAGCAACAGCAGAUUAGCCUCCCAGCUAAACUGAUAAAUGGAGGGAUUGCAGGCAUGGUAGGAGUCACCUGUGUGUUCCCAAUCGACCUGGCCAAGACCCGCCUACAGAACCAGCGCAGCGGGCAUCAACUCUACAAGAACAUGAUGGAUUGCCUAAUAAAGACAGUUAAAUCGGAGGGCUACUUUGGCAUGUACAGAGGCGCAGCAGUAAAUCUCACCCUGGUAACCCCCGAGAAGGCCAUCAAACUGGCUGCUAAUGACUUCUUCCGCCACCAGUUGAGCAAAGAUGGUGGCAGGUUGACGGUGUUUAAGGAGAUGCUGGCAGGAUGCUGUGCAGGAAUGUGCCAGGUCAUAAUCACCACACCCAUGGAGAUGCUCAAGAUCCAGUUGCAGGAUGCUGGCAGGCUAGCGGCCCAGCAGAGGGUGGUGCCUAGUGUAGUGACCACUCUAAAGAUGGGGGGGACCAGGGCUGUUCUUAGCCGUUCCUACAACACCAGCCCUGCGCCUCAAGUCACGCGAGUGUCCGCCACACAGAUCACCAGAGAGCUGCUGAGGACCAAAGGAGUGUCAGGACUGUACAGGGGACUCGGAGCCACGUUGAUGAGGGACAUCCCGUUCUCCGUUGUGUAUUUCCCUCUUUUCGCACAUCUGCACCAGCUCGGCCAGCGCUCAUCUGAAGACCCAUCCGUGCCCUUUUAUUGGUCCUUCAUGUCUGGCUGCCUGGCUGGAUCCAUCGCUGCUGUGACUGUCAGCCCUUGUGACGUGGUCAAGACAAGGCUACAAUCACUCAAAAAAGGAGCUAACGAGGAAACCUACAAUGGAGUGGUGGACUGCAUCAGAAAGAUCCUGAGAAAGGAGGGUCCUGGAGCGUUCCUCAAGGGGGCCAGUUGCCGGGCCCUAGUUAUUGCCCCACUCUUUGGCAUUGUACAGGUUGUGUACUUUGUAGGAGUUGGAGAGUUCCUGCUUGGGUACACGCCCUCCAACAUCUACUCUACAUAAACAAGCUGUUUCCUAGUCUGUCUAUUCAAGAGAUUGAAAGUUGUAUUUCUAUCUGGGCCUCAGUGGAGCAUAUUGUGAGAGCAGAAUUGCUUUCCUCACUAAGGGACUAGAUAGACUUACAUUGAUCACCACUGCACUCAUAUCAGACUCAAGACCUGUCACACCAAACCCUUCCCAUGUUUUCCUAGAUUCAGCCCCUAUCCCUCAUUAUGCCCAAUAUCAAUUGCCCUUCACUGUAACCCUAACCUGUACAUCCCUCCAACUGCCCCAUGUAGGUCUAACGACGGUUACAUGAUGUUGCAAAAGAGACCUUACAGUGCAAGGGAGCGUCUACUGUGUAAUAACAAAGGCCGAAUGUUUAAACAUUACUUGAAUAGCUUCAAUCCUGUUUUAAAGGGUUACAUGUGAAACAACAUGGAUGUUGACCCCUGUCUAUGUAUGUAGUGUAAAGCAGAUAUCAUUUGAUAAAUAACUUUUCUGACAAAAUAAUUUUCAGGUGUUUUCCUCCGAACAACCUGGUCUGGAAAACUGAUUAUUUAAAAGGUCAUAGCUUUAGACUGAAUGAACAUUUGGACUUCCUGUUCACCUGUAUGAUACAGGAAUCCUGUGUUGAAUUACUUUCUGUUGCAAGGAGUAAAUUCCCUGUGUUAUGCUUUACAGUUGGUCACUAAACUGAAACUGUUCGUAGGUGCUUUCUGGUGUUUAUUUCUCAGGACAAUGUUGUGGAGGUGUUUGGGUUUUUGAAUGGACACUGUGGGCAAUCUCUCUGUGGGUCCAUCAAACUCUUUUUUUAAACUUUGGAGACCUGCUUUUUGCAGAGAAAGAAAUGGCGUUUGAUGGUUAGUCUCGCCGGACCUUUCGCUGUGGUCUGGCUCCACACAUUAACAUUCUGCUAUAGGGGAAAAUGCCCUGUCUUGUAUUUCUUUAAACACCUCACAAUUGUCUUGGGCAGCACUUAGCACAGGAUGCAGCGAUGGAUAGAUAGUAGAUGGAGAAGAGAAUGCUGGCUGAAAUAGGCGGCCAAUGGGUGGCUUAUACCCACAAUCUACAUCUGAGGCAGACUAGAUGGUGGUAAAGUGGUCUAAUGAUGGACAAGUCUUUAUUUAUGUGACUUGAUAUGCUUUUGGGACCAAAUCUUCUGGAAAAGGUGUAUGGUGACCUAUAAACAGCCACUUUCUCUUAGUUGACGGUGGUUGUUCGUGACUGGUCAGGUGUUCUUGUCUGUUAGAGAUACAGGAGCCCACACAAGUGUAUCGUGUAUUAAGAAGCAGAACGGAGUGCAAUUUUGGGCUGUACUCGCCCCCUUAUGGAGAAUUUCAUUGGUCAAACCGUUUUAUGUAAAUAUGUAUCUUGUAUUUUUUGUUUGUCUCAAACGUUGCCAAGUUAAACUCAAACUGAGAGCAGUUUUUAACAUUUCAAUAUGUUCAAAAGUGUUUUAACCAGUUUAGAGGACAAUUCAUUAUUUUUAACUUCAUUGUAAUGAACUUAAUUGAAUUACAUGUGUAAAUAGAUUUCUAAAUGCUGAAUAAAUACUUAUGAAUCCAG